AUGGAAGCAAGCGGUUCGAAUGAGCAAUCAGAUGAGUCUAAAGCAAAGGAGUUUUACUUGGCCGAGAUGGGAACAAGCUUCAGCCUGGAGCAUUGUUACAACAUCUUGUCAAAACAUCCAAACAACACUGAUGAGGACGAAGUGUCUUCACAACGCCCUGUUGGAAGAAAGUGUGCAAAGGGUCUGGAGGCCGAUACAAGGGACUAUACCACUCAUAUGGAGCAGCUAUACUGCAGUCACUCUGAUUACAUCAGAAAAGAUGAUGAGAGGAACACGAUUCUCAGGGAAGGGCUUGAAUUUGCCCAUAUAAAUAUGGAGUCUGACAACAGACAUACCAUGGCUAUGGAAAGAGAACAAGCCAUGAAAUGA